CCCGCCUCUUCCCUUCCACCCUCCCUUGCCGUACCGUGCCGGCAGCCUUCACCCUCUCUUUCGUCAACACAAACACGCUUCACCAUCGACCGCACUGGCAUCCCGGGACACGACAGCCGUAACGGUUGGCCACACCCACGCCAACUCGUCGACACAUGCCUCACGGAGCCUUCGACGCUCGGAUUGUUUAGGUGUACGGAACGUGGAGGAACGUGCGAGUUGCGGAAACUCACAGCGGGAGGCACCAUCCCAUGUGAUGAAUUGAAGGUCGGAUCGUGUAGCCUCGCCGCCCGCCCUGGUUCGCCGCUCCACCACGUCCGGUAGGCGUUAUUCUACUUCCCGAUCGGUGGCUUCUCACCAUUUCGUGAACAGGGAGAUCGAGGACAUAUCUAGCCCGUCCCCGUUGCCCGGCAUGUCUGCCGCCGGUCGUCAUAGUUCCCGGAGCCGUGCUGGGUCAAGCACCGCCGCCCACGAGAAGGGACGAAUGGCCCAAUUGCACGGCUACGCCAUGGCACCACCGAAGCCCAGCAACGUUGGCCGCUACUUCGAACCAUGCGCCGCCACCGCGUCCAUGUUCCUCUAUGCUCAGGGGACCUCGGUGGUGUGCUGCCACUACGACACCCUCGCGAUCGAGAGACGGUUUGCACGACACUCGGAGGAGGUGCAGCUGCUGGCCGUCGACAACCACAGCGACAUCGGGGCGGGGAGAUUGGUAGUCAGCUACGACGCGGGGCAGACGGCCAUUGUGUGGGAUCUCCUGACCGGAGAUGAAGUCGCCCGAUUCGCGUCCUAUGAGAAUCUCACAUGCGCCGCUUGGAUGCGCAACGGCAAUGUCGCCUUUGGGAAUACCCAAGGCAAUGUGAUCCUUUUCGAGCCCACAACGUCGGAGCACCUCUCCGCGAGGACGAUCGACCAGAUUCCCAUCACCGCCAUCUCACCGGCGGCCGACUGCAGGACCUUUGCCAUCGGCUACCAAAACGGUUCGCUUUUGAUCGCGACGCUCCAACCACGGUUCACAAUCUUGCACAAUCUUAGCACGUCAAGGGGCCCGUCUCCCAUCGUGACCCUAGCAUGGCAUGCCUCAUCUUCCCGGUCAAAAUCGGAUAUGCUGGCGGUGCAGACGAACGACGGCGACCUCCGUGUCUGGAGUGUGUCAAAGACCCACAACGCGGAAGACGGAGCCAAGGUCGUGCGCAUCUUGAAGAGGACAGAAAACUACAUCCCGGGCCCCAAAUGGAUGGGCUGGUCUAAGAACGGCCGCAUCAUUCAGUACUCGGAAGGCGAGACAAUAUCAUGGGACGUGCGAACGAAGCAUGUCACGUACGAUACGAUCCCGACCUUCGAGACUGUUCGUGGCCUGGCCGUUUACGGCCCCGGCGCCACGCUCUUCACGCUCGGAGCCAACAAUACGGUCCAGCAGUUCGACCUCAACGCUCCAGCCAUGCUUGUGCAGAACGUCCAACACCCAGCGAACCUGCUCCCUCCGUCUCCUCCCAUCUCGUUGGAGGCAGAAGAUAAGAGCCAGCCGAGCAACGCGUCCGAGUCUGAAUCCCAGGUCGAGAUCGCGUUCCGUCCGUCCGAUAUCUCGGACCAGGAAGAAGACGGCAGGUCGCCGCUGGCACGCUACCUCCAAAACGAAUCGGACACCGAGAUGUACCGUCCCGCCACUCCGACAUCGAACAUCUCCCGCUCGACGGUGUCGAUUUCCUCCUCGACAUCCCAGAUGGCGCAGAGGCGGUAUCCGGCGUCUACCGUCUCGCGGACCAUGACCGAGAACACGUACAUCUCGACCGGCUCGUCACUCCGAUCGGGCACCCAACCUCGGGAGAGGAGAGAGGGGGAGUCUCUGUCGACGACGAGCUCCAUGUCGAUGGGGAGCUCGCAUUACCACUCUGCACGCAAGCCCUCGAGGCUGCGCAACGAGGUGCCGCGCAGUCCCGAGGACACGCGAGCCGUCGACCUGUUCAAGUUCACAAAGAGCCGCCUUGCCGACGUGCCGUACAAGGCCCCAUCCUCCGACCACGGCCGUCUGACCAACGACGACCUGCGGCGACAGAUGCUCAGCACAAUCUUUGGGUGGCACAAGGAAGUUGACGAACUGGUUCGGGACGAGAUGUCUCGCCACCCCCUGGGCUCGACGAGCCGCAUCUUGCUGGCCAAGUGGCUGGGCGACAUGAGCACGGAUAUCAUGGCGAUGGGCUCGGAGAACAUGACCUCGUCUGACUGGAUGAUCCUAGCGCUGAGCGGCAUCGGCGGACAGGCAUCCCAAUACAAGCUGGGCCGCGCCUACGUGCAGCGACUCCUGGAGAGCGGCGACGUCCAUACGGCGGCCACGAUCAUGGUGGGCAUGGGCGACCACCAUGAUGCCAUCGAGAUCUACGUCUCGCACAAAAAGUACAUGGAGGCACUCAUCCUUACCUGCCUCUUCUUCCCCUCGGCCUGGGAACGGCAGGAACAGAUCGUCAAGAAAUGGGGCGAGUGGGCGGUGCAGCACGGCCAGCAGCAACUCGCUAUCCGGUGCUUUGCUUGUACCGGCCGCCAGUCGACCGAGCCCUGGACCUCCCCGUCCGCCCAACAGCUCACCUUUCCCAGCAUCACCCAGACGGUCCCCGAGCUGGCCAGCCCUCCGCUCUCCCCUCCUGUAGUGAACCACGGGCCGCAGAGGAGUAUCGCCAAGAACUCGUCGCUGAAGCUCAUCACUUCCUUUGACGGCCAAGUCAAAAACAAGUUCACGAGGAACGUCGACGACGGAAGGACGCCGAUCGCCGGUGGAGCAACCCCCAUCCUGGAUUCGGCUCUUUCUCCUGGCGGUGCCGACCCAACCACUGCCAUCCUGCGAGGAAACCGCAGCCAGUUCAACACACCGGCCACCGCCCGCCCCGCGCACGGGUUCGGUCGCGAACGCCUGCCUUCGAUCGGCGAGGCUCCCGAUUCGGGCGGCGGCGGCGGUCGAGAUCUGCUGACCUCGUCGGUAACGCGGAAGCCCGAGGAUCCUCAUGCCAACGCGCUCCGGUCGAUGGAGGAGGCGCAGGAUGGCGCCAUCAGGAGGCUCGAGCAGACGCGGCCGAACACGGCUAGCCCAAGGUUAGUGAAGGACAAGGCGAAGGGACACCCGCCCCCGUCUCCCUCGCCAGCAGCCGUGGCUGCUCUAAUGGAAGGGGGGAGGUCCAAGAGGAACGGGUCUCGCAAUCGGAUCCCCGAAGGCGUCGACUUGUCCCUCCCCUCGUUUAAGGAUUCGCUGCUGGAGGACCUCACGUCGCCGGAGCCGUCAGCAAACUCCUCCAUCCGGUACCACUGGCCAUCCAGGCGGAAAGGGCCAGGGUCCGUGGCCAGCUCUGUGAGCAUGGCGUCGGCGGCCUCGAGCGCGGCAAGGAGCCAGCGCGGGCACCAUCGCGAGCAUGGAAGAAGCCUAGACGAGUACAUCCAUAGUCUGGACGCGGCACAGACCCGACAGAAGACCCGGGGGGGCAGCCGGGACGGUCGGCACGCGCGUGACGCCAGCCUGUCGCGCAAUGACGGCCGUGACAAGUCGCUGGAUCGCGGGCGGGCCACAACCCGGAACUACACGCCAAAAGGCGGCAAGCGCUCACCAAAGUCACCGGUGCCCAUGUCGCCAGAGGAUCUCAUCAACUUGGUGACGCCCAAGGAGGACCAGCACCAGCACCAGGACCAGAACCAGGACCAGCACCAGCACCAGCACCAGGCGCGCCAGGGCGGUUCCGGGAACGGGCCGAUGUAUGACUCCAACGACGAGCUGGAGCCGUCAAGCCAGCCGAGCACCGUGAGAAAGGUGGGAUACGCGAACCGCGACGGGUCCCGCGUAAGGGGUUCCAGCCGCCGUACAGCCAGCCGAAACGGCCGCGGUUCGAGUCGCGCCCGCAGCCCCGGCAAGCGCCACCUCCCGCCUUCUCUGGAGCUCCGUGGCCGCUCUGCUUCGCGUGGCCCGCCCUCGAACAGGUCGCCGUCCUCGCCGCAGCCCAUGUCGGCGAGCAACCUGCAGCACCACUACGCCUCCGACGACGCCCCCGACGACGACGACGAUUACGACGACGACGACGACGAGGAGGACUAUCGACGGGCGCUUGAGGAUCAGGAGAGGUUCCGGCAGAGGAACAACCGGAGCAACAGCAGCGCUCGGCGCGGAGAGGCCAUCGCCUCUCCGGUCUCGGCUCGGUCGAGCGCAUGGUCGACCCGGGAGUCGGGCAGGGAGAGGUCCGAUAUUCGUCGGACUACGUCGCACGCCGGAUCCGAGAGCUCUUCUCGGCGCAACAAGGCCGGCGUCCCGAUGCAGACCCCGGCCCCGGCGGCCGUGCAGCUCGUCACGGACAGCUCGGGAGACCUCAAGGUCAUCAAGGACGAGAGACAGCUGAAGAAGGAGGCGGCUGCGCGCGAACUCGAGGCCCGCCGGAAGUCGCUGGCAAGGAGGCCGUCGGCCCCGCCGAUCCUGCAUCCCAGCGAGAUCACGCCCGGGCCGGGGACCAACAACAACGGUAGUACCAACAACAGCACGCGACCCACCCUCAUGGAGCUUCCCAGCACGACGUACGUGCCCCCGAAGAAGGAGGACCUCCCGUCACGCAGCGCGAGUGUGGAUGCCAACGCCGGGAGGAGCAUGUUUGCGAACCGCAACGGACCGGCAGCGAUCGGGCUGCCGGCGACGCCGAGGGCGAUGCGAUUGGUGAUGGAGUCGGAGCCGAGCAGGAAGAAGGUUCCCGUCCCGCCGAUGCCGACCAGCUUCUCCCAGGCCCCGCCCGCCGCGCCGGCGCCGUCGCAGAGUGAGUCGCAAAGUGAGUCGCAGAGCAGACGAUCGCCCGGGACCGCCGAGAAGGAGCGAAAGGAUGAGGAUAUUCCCCUCCUACUCCCGUCGACGGUCUACACUCCGCCCCCACCGGCCAAUUCUCGGGUGGCAGCCCAGAUCGGGAGGUCCAUGUCCGCCCCGCCUGCAGACUUGGUCCAGCCCCAAGGCCACUCCAGGCGUCCCUCGGCCAUGAACCCGACGCCUACGGGACGAAGGCCGUCACACGACGCGAACGCUGCCGCCCCGAGCCGGAGACCCUCGCACGAUGCGAACAUCCCGCCUCCUCCGCCCCCUCCGCCGCCCGCCCCGCCCGUACUCAAAGAGCUACAGCACCUGGCCCAGCCCCCGCCGCCACCUCCGGCACCCCUUCCGCACGUUAGCGGGCCCAAGCCGGUCGUCUAUGGUGGUAGCUCGGGCUUGAUUGAAAUUGUCAUGGACGAUGACCAGCCCGAGCAGCAACAACAACAACAACAACAACAACAACAGCAGCAGCAGCAGCAGCAGCAACAACAACAACAGCAGCAGCAGCAACAACAUCAACAACCCCCUCCACCUCCGCCUCCACCGAUCCCCGCCGCCAUCCCCGUCAGCGAGUCCACGGUGCCCAUCAUCUCGCCUCCCAACCCGCGGCAGAACCACAACCGGGGGCGCAGCAGUGUCGACAACAGCAUCGGUGCGCGCAUCACGCGGGCCACGGAGCGCAUGCGGUCGGCCAGCCGCAGCCGCGCGUCGUCGUCGGCGGCGGUCAAGUCGCCCCCGCCCCCGCCCGAGAUGAUGACGAUGGGCACGGCGCCGCCGUACGAGAGCGUGCAAAUCCAGCCGCCGCACGUGAGCAUGAUGAACUACCGCGCGCAGAACCAGGUGGUCUAUCAGCAGGUGCAGGCGCAAGUGGCGCAGCAGGAGGGGAGGAACGAGUACCGCACCGGGCUGCACCAGAGCGAGAUGAUUUGAGUCGG